AUGGUUCUGGAGCCUUAUUUACCGUACUUGUGGUGGGGACUUGCGCUGUACGUUCUUGUCCCGGUGGUUUUUUACGUGGUGGUGCCCUUUUUCUUCUAUGGAAACCGCGCGACUAAAAAACGCAUCAUAAUCUGCGUUUUGGGAGAUAUAGGCCAUUCUCCGCGCAUGUGCUACCAUGCUCAAAGCUUCAGCAAUCUAGGAUGGCAGGUUGAGUUUUGCGGGUAUGUUUCGGAGGAAAAAGCACCCGCAGAGAUCGAAAGCGAUCCAAAUAUUACGAUCCACGGUUUGGCAAGUUACAAGGCACGCAAGGGUCAACCCUUUGUGGUCACUGCGUUUUGGAAAGUGGCCAUUCAGAUGGUAUCAAUUGCCAAAGUUUUGUGGCAAUUGAGGGGAAGUGACUACUUUCUUUUGCAGAAUCCUCCCAGCAUCCCAAUUCUGCCAAUUGCAAGCGUCUACUGCGUUUUGUGCCGUUGCAAACUCAUCAUAGACUGGCACAAUCUUGGCUUUUCGAUACUGCAGCUCAAAUUGGGCUCUUUUUGGAACCCACUGGUGCUUGUUUCGUUUCUCAUAGAAUAUGCGUUUUCCAAAUUUGCAACCUACCAUCUCACCGUCACUAAAGCUAUGAAAGAGUACUUGUCAGAAACAUUUGGACUUUCACCCGGUCGCAUUGAGGUCCUUUAUGACCGUCCUGCGGCUCAGUUCAGGCCUUUGAAGGAAAAUCGUAGUGAAGCAUUGAAACAGGACUUUAUACGCCGGUUCGUGCCUGCCGAAUUUGAUGUUACGCAAAAUGAUCGCAUUUUAGUUACAUCCACGUCUUUUACACCAGACGAGGACCUGGGGAUUUUGAUUGGCGCUCUCAAGAUCUACGAAAAUUCGCAUGCGAAGUUCGACCAGGCACUGCCGAGACUUCUCUGUUUCAUUACCGGCAAGGGUCCUCUAAAGCAACAGCUUGUUGAACAAGUUAAGGCUGAAAAAUGGGACCGCGUACACAUUGAGUUUUUAUGGCUUACUUCAGAAGACUACCCAAAACUUUUGCAACUGUGCGAUUUUGGCGUCUCUUUGCAUACAUCAAGCUCGGGUCUUGAUCUACCCAUGAAAAUUCUGGACAUGUUUGGCUCGGGUCUGCCGGUCAUCGCCUAUAACUACCCCGUUCUAGACGAACUGCUCCAGCACAAUGUCAACGGCCUGAAAUUUUUGGACAGAAGAGAGCUACACGAAGCCCUCAUUUUUGUCACUAAAGAUAAACAUGUAAGCGAUAAACUCAAAGCCGGUGCACUUACUGAAUCCAGGAAUAGGUGGCAAGCUUCGUGGGAAAAAGCCAUGGAAAAGCUUUCGCUGAUAAGACGCUGA